GAUAAUCUCUUGAACUCUGAUUGUAAAAGGCCAAAUGACCAUAACAACUCUGUACGUUCGCGAUCAGCAUUUUGAACGCGUAAUUUGAACUAAAAUUGCCAUUUUAUAUCUUUUUAAGAAAAAAUGAAGGUUUUUGUGCUGUUUUGUGUGGUUUUAUUGGCUGUUGCAGUGGUGUCUGCCAAGAAGGCAAAACCUACUGAAGAAGACAAACCUAAAUCUUUAAAAAAAGUAGUGAAGGAAUGCCAAAGAAACGAAGCAACCAAAGUGGAUAAUGCAGUUUUGAAAAAAAUCAAAAAGCACAAACCGGUGGAUAUCCCGGAUAACUAUGGGGAUCACAAGCUGUGCAUUUUAAAAGGAAUAGGGUUUAUAAACGAGAAUGGAACAGUUAACGAAGACAACCUGAAAAAGCGAGUGACAAAGAAAGCCGAAGAGGGUGACGAUGUCAACGCCAUCGUAACCGAGUGUAAAGAUCCGGGGAAAACCGCUCAGGAAACUGCUAUCAAGAUCGACACGUGCCUGAAUAAACACUCGAUAGAUUUGUAGGUUAGGUAUGUUUAUACAGGGAUAUUUUCCUUGUAGACGUAUAUAGGGUUUAAGAAAGUCGAAAUUAAUAUUUGAAAAGUGUGUAAAUAUCAGUAGCAUGUAAGUUUUUUAUAUUUAUUUAGGAUUGAGGCAAUAUAUGAAGAUUUUUUUUAAUUAAA